AUGAAUUCGAUAAUAGUAGUGACUAUUUGUGCUAUGUUAAUUACUUUCAGUGAGGCAGACAUCAAAAAAGGCAGUCUACUGAAUAUUCCAGCUCGUGUUGCAACCAUUCCAUCGUUGGAAAACAUCAGAGAUGCGUGUAUGUUGAUGGGAACUGCAAAUUAUUCAGCGAGCAGCAUGGAUUUGGCUUCGCCGCAGAUCGGUGGUUGUCUCCUCAUGGAAAUCAAACAAAAUUACCGCACAAGACUAUUUACCUUGUGGCUUGGCAAUUCUCAGAAUGACAAGCAACAAUGCGGUCAAGAGGGUAUGGAACAACUCAUUUUUGCUUGUGACGAAUAUCCCUUGACAACGCAAGAAAAUAUCGAAGAUGGAGCUAAGUUCGUGCGUCUAUAUGGUGAAAACGUCAACAAGAUGGGUGGGGAUAGAAUCAGAUGUGCCUUGUUCGAGAAGAACGAAAUCAACAGCAACAUUUUCCGCCUAGCAGUGAGCGGUAACAACUCUUGCUCUGGUUUGGCCAAGGUUUUCUAUGAAAAACCUCGGAUGAUGCCCAAAGGAUCUACCUUUCUACAGUUAACAAGAUACCUAGAAAACCAGGAACACCAAUCAAAGGACAGACUAUCAGUGUCAAAUCCUACUCCUGCAAUUGAAAACCAGCUGGACUUUUUAGUUAAGUUUAUGCCAACCCCCUUAGGAUCCAAUUUUCUACGGUUAAUGAAGUACCCAGAAAACCAGGAACACCAAUCAAGAGACAGACGUUCAGUGAUAAAUCCUACUCCCACAAGUCAAACCCAGGACCUGUUUACCAAGUGGAGGCCUCCAAUUUAUUAG